CUCCUAUAUUCUCCGACUCUUUCGUUCUCAUAAGCGCCUUUUCUGAGAAAUAAUACUGCAAAGAUGUCCGCUCAGAACUCCGCAGGCAUUCAGACCCUCCUCGAUGCCGAAAGGGAGGCUCAGAAGAUCGUCCAACAAGCCAGAGAAUACCGCACGAAGCGCAUAAGGGAGGCAAAGUCCGAAGCACAGAAGGAGAUUGAGGAGUACAGAAAGCAAAAGGAAGAGGAGUUCAAGAAGUUCGAGGCUGAGCACUCGAGCGGAUACAAGAAGGCCGAGGAGGAUGCGAACAAGGAGGCUGAGGUGAAGCUCCAGGAAAUCAAGGAUGCUGGCAACGAGAGAGGUGGAAAGGUUAUUGAGACUCUUAUCCAUGCGCUGGUCGAUGUGAAGCCCGAGCCGUCCGAGAAGAUCGUGAUCAAGGCAUAGAGAAAUGAUGCCGGUUGUCAUUGCGGCAGCAUGAGGGGUUCUUGUUUGUCAUUUGCUUUCAGCCUGUGAAUAUAGUUCUGGCCCGCUGUUUGAGCAUUACAUAAAUUAUGUUGUAUCCUGUCUGAAGCUGGCAAGAGUCAACUUGAAGUUGUCUCGAUUUCUCGAUGCUGUUAUAAGGUUGUUGCAAGUCAACCUAUAAGGCCCUUGAAGCACAACCCAGCAUACUAGUGUAGCGCUUAUGUACACCAAUAAUAGUAAACUAAAAGAGAAAGGCUAGCUCGUUGAUCGCAUGCAUGCUUUUAUUGCCAGUUACAAGCUGUGGAUA